GACACGUUGAUCACAGAGGGCCAGUAUUUCGUUCUAAUGACUGUGUUCAAUGCCUUGAAUGCAAUACUCUCCAUGUCUGGAAUGGUCGCCAACGCAAUUAACAUAAUAACUUUUCGGAAACUUGAUGCACACGAUAAUUUUCUUAUGUGCUUCUUGGUUCUAUCGUCUGUCGAUUUCCUCUGCAGUUUGUCGGCGUUUAUACAGCAAGUGGCCAUGACAUUUUUGAUUCUAGAACUAGCGAGCAACAACAAAAUAGUUUUUCCUAUUGAACCCAUGGCCAUGUAUGUCGUGUUUGGUAACAUUCGCUCUUGUCUGUUCAAUGCCCCAGUCCUCAUUACGUUAUAUCUAUCCAUAUCGAAAUGUUUGUGCGUUGUCAAACCGUUUAACUUUAAGAACAUGUUUUCUUUCAAGAGGUCAGCUGGAGUAUUGAUGGGAAUUUGCACAUUUGCACUGGUCAGUUACAUUCCAGUGUAUGCCAGCACUUGGGUCAUCUCCCAAUAUGAUCAAACUGUUGAUGCCACGCGCCCCAUGUUGUGGCUGACUCCUUACCUGUAUUGAUGGGAAUUUGCACAUUUGCACUGGUCAGUUACAUUCCAGUGUAUGCCAGCACUUGGGUCAUCUCCCAAUAUGAUCAAACUGUUGAUGCCACGCGCCCCAUGUUGUGGCUGACUCCUUACCGGGACGUCAUUCGGAACGUCGUGUGGAUCAUCAGGGAUACAUUUCCUUCAAUGGCUUCGGAAGUGAUUAUCAUCAUCUGCGUCACGUUUAUGUCUAAAGCUUUGAGGGAAGCAGCGAAAUUUCGAGCAUCCCUUAAACAGGUGAUAUCGGAAUCAAGUAAAGGAAAAGCGAAGAAACGUGUAAACAAUAAAUCUGAGAACACGAUGAGCUUCUCGGAGCUGCAGGUGAUCAAACAGGUCAUCGCCGUUGCUUUGAUUUUCAUUGCCGGCAACACACCCAAGGUUUUUUUGUUUACAGCAUUGGCAGUUGUACCUGAUCUGAAUUUUGGAAAUCGUUAUCAAAAUCUUUACAAGGUUCUGAUGGCCUCGAGAGAAGUCAUCGAGAAUCUCAUCUCGGCCGCAAAUUUUAUCGUGUAUUAUAAAUACAACUCGAAAUACAGGAAG